UUGUAGCCGUCAACACAAGUUCACUGGUGGCCAGCGAUUAGCUAAUCACAAUGGCUACUUUUAUGAAAGUGACUUGCUUAGCCAUCCUAUUGAGCAGCACUCACGCCGGAUACCUUCAUGGGAAUCACCAUCAUGCACCGCCUAGCAGCUUAGGAUCUGGUGGAUACCAUUCCUACGCACCCAGCUUCUCACCUAGCAGCUUCCCUGCUGGAUCAUUACCGUCGGCUACAUACUCCGGAGCGGGAUUAAUAGGCGGUGGCCACUCACAUGGCAGUGCCGUCCUGGACUCUUCACUGUCUGGAUCUCAUGGCCACCACGGUCUUGGUGGAGGAUCAGGAAUUAUUGGCGGUGGCGCUGUCCUCGGCGGAUCGAGCCUCGGAAGUUCCGGACUGGGUGGAUAUGGAUUCGGUCACGGUGGAUCCAGCCUUGGAAGUGGUGUUGGGCUCGGGGGAGCAAGUCUAGCUGGUGGUGCCAUUGGCGGCGGUGUCAUUAGCGGUCCCGCUUUCGCCAGCUCCAUUGGAAGUGGAGUUAUUAAAGGUUCUGGAUUAUCGGGUGUCGUAAAUGGCGGAGGUGUUAUUGGCGGUCCUGGUUUCGCCGGUGGCGCCACUGGAGGUGGACCCGGAUUAUCUGGUGGCGCAAAUGGUGUUUUUGGCGGUCCCGGUUUCGCCGGUGGCCCCAUUGGUGGCGGUGUUAUUGGCGGUCCUAGUAUCGGUGGUGACGCAAUUGGCGCCGGCGUCAUUGGUGGUCCUGGUUUAACUGUCCCUGGAGGUCAAUCCCCACCACCCGGCGCUAAAGCUCCAGUUAUCGAAGAAAUCCAUGGUCUUGCCAACGGUAAUGGUGCUCCUACUCAGUACCGCGUCCGUGAAGAACCCUACCAAGUCUUUAGGGAGGUGACCCACAGAGUUCCACAGCCCGUGCCUUACCCCGUGCCCCAGAGAGUUGAAAUCCCCGUACCGCAACCCUACCCCGUUCAAGUUCCAGUUGUCAGGAAUGUUCCCGUGCCAGUCGUGAAGGUUCAGCAAGUCAAAGUAGACAAGCCGGUGCCCUACCCUGUUGAAAAGAUCGUGAAGGUCCCUUACGAGAGAGUUGUAGAGGUGCAGGUUGACAACCCUGUGCCAGUAGAGAAGAUCGUUAAAGUGCCAGUCGUGAAGGUAGUCAAAGUGCCCGUCCCCGUUGUGAAGACAUACGCCGUACCUCACGUGAAGACUGUGCACCACCAAGCCCACCAGAGCCACGGCCACAGCAGCCACGGUAGCCACGGUAGCCACAGCAGCGGUUGGUCCAGCUGGUAAUCCCUAACUGGAUGACCAAAGACCCCUGUACAUAGUAUAAUCGUCACAAACCUAGUCCGGUCUAUUGUAAAUAUAGUCGCUUCAUAGCUCAUCGUGAGGCUGCAAUCUAGGGUGAUAACUAAGUCAUUAAUUUAGGUGAACAUACUUGGUGUAUGUUCUUGUAAUGUUUGCUGUAAAUAGUAACGUUAUGCUCUGUAAGUUUAAU